AUCAUAAUAUAACCAAAUAUAACUUGUAGGCCUGUAGGGUUCCUGAAUGCACGUGUUCCUUUUAGAAAAUUAUUUUGAAAACAAUUAAUGAUACUUCAGAUAUUAAGAACACUUAUUAAAAAGGACACGUAAAAAUUAGUUCAAUACAAAUUCAAAAUGCAACAUGAUGACGUUGUCUGGAGUGUCAUUAACAAGUCCUUUUGUUCUUUCAAAGUAAACACUAAAAGUCAAAGGUUUUGUCGCAAUGAAUAUAAUCUCACUGGUCUGUGUAGUAGGGCAUCUUGUCCUCUUGCAAAUAGCCAGUAUGCCACAAUUAGGGAAGAAAAUGGUAUUAUUUAUCUGUACAUGAGAACAGCUGAAAGAAUACAUUUCCCAAAAAAUGCAUGGGAAAAGGUAAAGCUUUCCAGAAAUUUUGAGAAAGCUAUACAACAGAUUAAUGAAAAUUUAUUGUAUUGGCCUGGUUUCAUAAAAGCAAAAUGUAAGCAAAGGUUUGUUAAGAUCACACAAUAUCUGAUACGUAUGAGAAAGCUGAGGUUGAGGAGACAAAAACAAAUUGUACCAAUUCAAAGAAAAAUUGAAAGAAGAGAAAGGCGUAGAGAGGAGAAGGCUCUUGUUGCUGCUAAAUUAGAAACAGCAAUAGAAAAGCAACUUAUGGAGAGAUUGAAACAAGGCAUGUACAACGAUAUUUAUAAUUUCCCACAAAAAGUAUUUGAUAAAGCAGUGGAAGCUGUUGAGGUUGAAGGUGAAAGUGAAGCUGAAAGUGAAGAGGAAGAGGUAGAAACACCAGAAAUUGAGAAGGAGGUAGAAAUGGAAUUAGAAGCAGAUGAAAGAGAGAAAGAAACAAAUGAACCACAUUAUAUAGAAGCAGAAACGGACGACGAAGACGAUGAAGACGAUUUUGAUAUUGAAGAAGUGCCCAUGGAAGAAGAUAGUGAUUCGGGGCAGAAAGAGAAAGUUGAAUUAUCUGACGAUUUCGAAUCUGAAACAAGUGAUAUUGAGGAUAUAGUUUCUACCAGUAAAAAAGCAAAACGUCCGAUUGUUAAAAAAGGCAAAGUGCAAAAGAGACCACGCCCGAGAGUUGAAAUUGAAUAUGAAGUGGAGGAAGAAGCGCAAGAAAGAGAACGAGCAUAAUGUGUGUCUAAUUAGAACAAUUAUAAUUGUAUUUCUAAUAAAGUUGAAACCAAUUU